UGCCACCAGCCCACCUUCUCUUCUGACACCGCACGGGAAUCUCCGGCCAUCUUUGCUUAUUUGCGAGGUUCCUUGUUGAGUGAGUGAGUGAUCGGCGGCAUGGGCGUGGAGGUCGUCUCCGGCGGGGCUGUCGAGGCGGUGGCGGCGGCGCCGGCUAAGGUCGAGGUGGAGGCGGGCGCGGCUGCUGUGGUGGCCAAGAACAUGUCGUUCAGGGAGGAGAGCAAUCGCCUGGGCGAUCUCAAGGACCACGAGAGGAAGGCGCUCGCUGAGCUCCGCGCCAUGGUCGAGGAGGCCGUGGUGGACGGCAAGCUGUUUGACUUGGAGGACGGGAGUGGCAAGGUGAAGGUGAAGGUGGAGGCCAAGAAGAAGGAGGGGAAGAAGAAGAAGAAGGCCGUGGAGAAGAAGCCGGUGGCUGCGGCUGAGGAGAAGGAGGAGGAGGCGGUCGCUGAGGAGAAGAAGGAAGAGGCGGAGGAGGCUAAGAAGGAGGAUGUGUCCGCGCCGGCCGUGGAGAAGAAAGAGGAGGAAGCCAAGGAGGAGGAGGCCGUGGUGGAAGAGGAGAAGAAGGAGGAGGCCGUGGCGGAAGAGGAGAAGAAGGAGGAGACCGCCGCCGCGGAAGAGGAGGGCGAGAAGGCGGUGGCCGUGGUCGUCGACAAGGACGUGGCGCUGUGGGGCGUGCCGCUGCUGCCGAGCAAGGGCGACGAGGCGACGGACGUGGUGCUCCUCAAGUUCCUCCGCGCGCGGGACUUCAAGGCGGGGGCCGCCUUCGAGAUGCUCCGCCGCACGCUCCGGUGGCGCCGGGAGUGGAAGAGCCUGGCGGCCACCGCCGCCGACGGCGACGACGAGGACGACGCUCUCCCGGAGGGCGCGUGCUACCUGGACGGCGCGGACCGCGAGGGCCACCCGGUGUGCUACAACGCGCUGGGCGUGUUCGCAGACGAGGCCGUGUACAAGAGCGCGCUGGGCACCGACGGCGGCAAGAAGCCGGCCCGGUUCCUCCGGUGGCGGGUGCGCGCCAUGGAGCGCCACGUCGCCGAGCUCGACUUCACCCCCGGCGGCGUCGCUUCGCUGCUGCAGGUGACGGACCUCCGCGGCUCCCCCGGCCCCGCCAAGAAGGACCUCCGCGUCGCCAUGAAGCAGGUGCUCGACCUCUUCCAGGACAAUUACCCGGAGCUCGUCGCCCGGAACAUCCUGAUCAACGUGCCGUUCUCCUACUACGCCUUCAGCGCCGUCUUCUUCCCGUUCCUGACGCAGAGGACCAAGAGCAAGCUGGUGGUGGCGCGGCCCUCCAAGGUCACCGAGACGCUGCUCAAGUACAUCCCGAUCGAGGCCAUCCCGGUGAAGUACGGCGGGCUGAAGCGCGACGGCGAGGACGCCGAGUUCUCCGGCGAGCACGACGCCGAGAUCGCCGAGGUGGUCGUGAAGGCGGGCGCCACCGAGGCCAUCGAGAUCGAGGCGGCCGAGGGCGACACCACGCUGACCUGGGACCUGACGGUGCUGGGGUGGGAGGUGAGGUACACGGAGGAGUUCGUGCCGGCCGACGAGGGCGCGUACACCAUCGUGGUGAGCAAGGGCAGGAAGGUGGGCGCCGGGGAGGAGGCGGUGCGCAACUCGUUCCGCGCGGCGGAGGCCGGCAAGGUGGUGAUCACGGUGGAGAACGCGACCCGCGGGAGGAAGCGGGUGCUCUUCCGGCACAAGGCCAAGAGCGCCCUCGCCAAGAAGUGCUGAAGAUUUGGGGGCAGAUUCUUUGGAAGCUGAGAUCUUUGUGUGUGUGUGGAUUCUACAUUCAUUCCAUUCUUUUGUGCAAGAGAGCAGUCACUAGUGGUACAUCGUGUCGUGUUUGGCGGGCACCAUUGUUUUGCCGUGGAAUUAUUAUUAUUUAUGUGAGAAAUAUAAGGCGAUUUUUUUUA